UCUUAUUCCUUCCUAUCAAUCUAUCGUUACACCAAUGGCCAUGCGAAAGAUUUAUGCAUCUCUCCCUGCUGUAGCUGCCGGAGUUGGAUUCUUCUUCUAUAAUGCAAAGGACCAUGCAAGAAGAAUUUUAGCAUCUAAUCAAGAAACAAUAUCUACAACAAGAGUGGUGGAAGAACAAACCAAGGCCAUUAGAAAACCAAGUGUGGCACCACAGUUUGAUGGUUUGCAUUGUUUUGAAACAUUUGUUAUGAACAAGAAACUUGCAAGAGGGAUUUCAGCAUCUAAUCAAGAAACAAUAUCUACUACAAGAGUAGUGGAAGAACAAACCAAGACCAGUAGGAAACCAAGUGUGGCACCACAGUUUGAUGGUUUGCAUUGUUUUGAAACAUUUGUUAUGAAUUAAAUUCUCUGAAAGAUGUACAACUUAACUGAUUCAAUGAGUUGAAUAAAACAGUAGAAGAAUUCAUAUUUGUUUUUUUAACUAAUUUGUCUCAAUUUAUUUCAAAUAAUUCAAGAUAGACAUAGACACAUGGUUAAUUUGCACUGUAAACCAUCCUUAAUUGUUAAACGUAACAACAUUGCAUGCUACAACAGACUUAAUUAACCGGGAAAAUUGAAAAAAAAAAUGAAAUUUUAUGAUGUAACUGAGUUUAUACAACCAUCAUACUCUAUAGUCUGGACCAACAAUUUUUCACGGUCCAAAUCAGGAAAAACUUCAAUGACUACCCCUCAACACUAUAGCGGAUGGUAAAUUAUAUUAUUUUUCAAUCGACAUUAUUUGUUUUUAUAAUGAUUUUGCC